GGUGCUUCGAUGUACGUAAAAAGGGAUGAUUGUACGGGGGGCGUGGAGUUAGGCGGCAAUAAGUGUCGGAAACUGGAAUUUUUACUCGCCGACGCAUUGGCGCACAAUCAUAACGCUGUUGUCACAAUUGGUGGCCUGCAAAGUAACCAUUGCCGGGCAACGGCGGCCGCCUCGCGCAUGGUUGGACUCGAACCGCAUUUGAUUCUACGAACGACCAAAAAUAAGGAUUUGGACCGUGAGAAGAUAAACACUGAACUGACGGGCAAUAUAUUGAUGGAUCGCAUACUGGGUAGUAAGCUAUACACGUGUACGCCGGGCGAAUACGGUCGUUUGGGGUCGGACGAGUUAGUUGCUCGUUUGAGCCGUUGUAUCAAACAGUCUUCCAACGGAACGACCCACCCGUAUUCAAUCCCCGUUGGUGGAAGUAAUGCGAUUGGUACCUGGGGAUACAUCAAUGCCGUGGAUGAGCUGAUGUCCCAGCUGCAAGAUAUCAAUUUGCCCUUGGAUUACAUCGUGUUCGCGUGUGGAAGUGGAGGAACAGCAGCUGGUAUUUCCCUGGGUGUGGCCUUGGCGUUCCAAGCGCUCUCUAGGCAAUCAGCUGCCUUGACGAUUCCGAAAGUCAUGGCAGUUGGUGUAUGCGAUGACCCUGAUUACUUCUAUCAUCACGUAGCCUCAAUUGCUGAUCAAAUGGGUCUCCAGAAUUUAUCGGGCGGCAUGUCGACCGAAGCCUUUGUGCGCCAAAACAUGAAUGUCCUUCAAGGAAAAGGAUGUGGCUACGCUAUAAGCACACCAGAAGAGCUCGAGUUUGCUGCACACUUUGCUCGUGAUACAGGCAUUGUUCUGGAUCCGGUCUACUCAGGCAAGGCACUCUUCGCUUUUGUUCGGCUGAUGGAGGAGGAUCCAGCAUGUUUUCGGGACAAAAAUAUUUUGUUUUGGCACACCGGAGGCGCCUUGGGUCUGUAUGACAAGGUCCCGAGUCUU